AUGAAGACGACCGUGCUCAGGUCCAAAAUCCUACGACUGGCCCGAGUAUUCGCUCUGCUGUUAGCGUGCACGACUUUGCUUCUCGGCGGACGAGCAGGCGUGGCAAGAUGGCGCAGGAGCAAGCUCGGCGCACAAGAUCUGGCUUACGUGCCCCGAGGCUUCAGACGACGCAUUGUGGCCAUUGGAGACUUGCACGGCGAUCUCAAUCACGCCGUUCGCACACUCCGCAACAUCGAAGUCAUCAACGAGCACAACCAUUGGAUCGGCAAGUCUACCAUCCUCGUCCAGACCGGUGACAUCGUCGACAGAGGCAAGGAUACGAUUGCGCUGUACCACUUCUUUGAGACCCUGCGCUCCCAGGCUGCAGAAGUAGGCGGCCAGGUGGUGUCGCUCAUGGGCAAUCACGAGAUGAUGAACGCGAUGGGCGACUGGCGCUAUGUGACCAAGGAGGACAUAGAAUCAUUCGGAGGCGAACGCAAUCGUCGUCGGGCAAUGUCCUCGCGCGGCUGGAUUGGACAAAACUGGCUCGCAAAUUAUACCUUCACAGCAAGAGUGCAGUACAAUCUUGAUUUCAAAGGUCAUGCUGCAUCGCCUUAUCUGAACGACUCACUCGAAGAUUGUCUGUCUGAUCCUAUUGAUGGACAAGAGCGUCGAUGUCAGCGGCAGAUCAAAGCACGCCUUUCCGAUCAUGCCCCACAACGACCACUGGGUAUAUGGCGUGGUCCGGACAAGCAGACGCUCUUCUCUUCGCCGGAUGCGGAGACGACGGAAGAAGAGCAUCGUUUGGAUCCAUUCGCUGGCGUAGCCGCCAGCUUUGUCCAUGGCGGCAUCCAUCCAGAAUGGGCAGCAAAGCCUAAUGCAGUGGGCGAGAUCAACAAGCUGGGCCAUUCGCUGCUUGAGAAGAGCAUCAGCGGUCCUUUGGCCAGCCCACUCAGUCUGCCUCGCAAUGCUUCGCCCGAAGAGCGCGCUCUGUGGGAGGAAAAGGGUCCGCUGUGGUAUCGCGGCUUUGCACUAGACGAAGACGAGACGGAGAUGUGUGCGCGUGCGGCGGAGACGAUGCGGUCGCUUGGCGUCCGUCGACUGAUCAUGGGUCACACGCCACAGUUCGAAGGCAUCAAAUCACGAUGCGCCGGUCAGGUCAUCCUCAUCGAUACAGGCAUCUCCAGUGCUUAUGGUGGCGCUCUUGCUGCUCUUGAGAUCAUGUAUACGCUUACGCCUGCUCGAGACGCGCCCCGUCCGCUCGGGCCAGAUGGGCAGGAAACACCGCCGCCAGUGCCAAAGCCAGGCGAAAAGCGCAAGUGGGCCGAGCGAGAGCUGGUAUCUGUCUGGACAGUCGGCAAGCGUACUCAGAUCAUCGCUCGCAAAGAGAGAACGCUCCAUCUGCCUGCGAUCUGA